GACGCCUAGGAUAAAUUCGUGCGCGUGCUCAUCUGCAUCCGCACCAUCUAAACCCUAGCUAGCCGCCGCCGCUCCCUGAUCGACUGCUCUCUCCUCGACCUUCACCUUUGCACACCGCCGCUGAGCGCCUGCGCCGUGACUUAAAAUGCCUCGCCGCCAGCGGGCGGCGAUGUCGUCGGAAUCGGAUGAUGCUAGUGCGCCGGAGUGGGGAUCGGAGGAUGAGGAUGACGAUGACGAGAUAGCUGUACAGGGGGCAGCCGCAGCGACUUUGGCGGCGGGGUUACCGAUCAAGCUCGUGAUCGACACCAAGACUCAGAAGGUGUGGUUCGCCGAGGCCGGAAGCGACGUCGUGGAGUUCCUCACCGGCCUCCUGUCCCUGCCGCUGGGCACCGUCGUCGAUCUGCUGACCAAGGAGCGCAUGGUCGGCAGCAUCGGCAACGUCCUCGGCAGCGUGGAGAAGAUGGACGCCGGCUACAAGGGCAAGGAGCGGCGCCUCAGCCCGGCCGUCACCCCCGCCGCGCUCUCCCGCCUGCAGCAGCUGCUGAGCGCGCACCUCAUCAACGGCCGAACCUGCUGCCAUUGCACCAGUUCCACGUACAAUGCUGCCGCCGCGGGAACAUUAACGACGCCGUCGCUACCCACGGCCACGUACACUGUCGGGGACGACCUCUCGGUGACUCCGGCUUCUUUUUUCACGACCAUGUCGCUUCUGGGCAUCGCGCAGUUCGCACAAUUUGGUGGCGAGGACCUCAGCACGCUGCAGGAGAAAACCGUGAAGAUCGGCAAGGAAGAGGCGCUGAGGAUACUCGCUGCUUCCCUCCAGUCCAAGACCGUGCUGACGGAUGUCUUCCUCAAGAGUCAAGAGUGAAGCCAUUGUCCACUAAUAGAAUUGGGUGGUAAUGCCGGGUGUUUGAGCCAAGCUAUGAUUCGCAAGUGAUCUUCCACACAAGGAUGACAUGGAAUUUUCAUGCUUAGAUGAGGUGUUCCUAUCCCUAGAUGACUAUGAUGAAUUUAGUUUACCGAAGAAUUAGAACCUUUGCUAGCAUAGUUGAUAGAAUGAGUUUUGUGCGUAUGAUGCCAUCUGAUCAUGGUGAUACACAUAAGAGAAGCUUCUUCCUUAAUGAUCAAUUGGUAUGGUAGGCAUAAGCCUAAUUAGCUCCAUCUAGAACAAAGAUGUAAUUAUUCUCCUCAAAGAGGUGUAUAAAAUAUAUUUAAUA